AUGUCAGAACUCCGCCAGCGACCAACAGCAACGUCAAAGUCCAGCAAUGGGCCCGACAAAGAGCCAACCCCCAGACAGCACACCAUCAACGAUGAAACCGACCAAGACCACGGCAUAAGCCUGCUGGACAUAAUCCGGGUGAUUGUGACUCUACUCAUAGCGUGCGGCGGUCUUUCCUAUUACAUGACCUCCUCCGAGUCCGUUUUAUGGGGGUACAGACCAUGGUAUACACGAUGGCCGGUGGUGAAGCAGUGGGUGGUAUGCGAAACCCGGCGCUCAACAAGGCCCUGUUACCCUGACACCAAGCCAACUUUCCCUCUACAAUGGCACAGACACCAACCUCCCCCUCUACGUCGCGGUGAACGGGACCAUCUUCGAUGUCUCGGCAAACCGUAUGAUCUACGGACCGGGCGGGAGCUACAACUUCUUCGCGGGCGAGACGCAACGCGCGCUUUUGUCACGGGCUGCUUUAAGGAGGAUCUUACGAAUGAUUUGCGCGGUGUCGAGGUUAUGUUCCUGCCCGUUGAGGAUGUCGAGGAAGAGGGUGUGACGUCUGCGCAGAGGAAAAUUCGUCGCGAGAAGGAGUUACGGGCUGCCAGAGCGCGAGUUGAAGAGACAGUGAAGAGGUGGACUGGGUUCUUUGCGAACCAUGCAAAAUAUUUUGAGGCUGGGAGGGUGAUUGAAGAUGGAGGUGUGCAUGGAGAGCCGUGGCCGCUUUGUGAGAGUGCGCAGAAGCAGCGACCGAAGAGGAGUGCGAUGAUGGAAAAGUCGUAG